UGUGGAGCAUUGAGCUGGCUAGGAGAUACGGGGCACCGGCACCCAUGGUCAUCAAGUACGUCACGGUCAGACUUCAGGGUUCAGGCCCUGUUAGCACUGUCAAUGGUGCCAUAGUUCGCAGGAGCGGGAGAGGCCGCCCCGAGCGACCUCUUCCAGCGCCAGUGCCCCAUUGGCGUGAGACCAGAGUACCCCGAGCUGAGAGCAGGGAGCGGCCCCAUUCACGCCGUGGCCGCAGGCUGGCUGGCUGACCCCGCCCGGCCCACACGCCGUACAUAAGGCGCACCGCGUCGGCACAGAGCAUCAGUCGCUCCGCAGACCCAGCGACGCAAGAACACAGACCUGAGGAGCACACACACGGACAAGAUGAAGGUGUUUGUUGUUGCCGCCGUGCUGUCGGUGGCUGCCAGCGUCCGCGGCCAGUCCUACGGAGCUCCGCCACCGCCUGCCUACAGCCCUCCGGAGCCCGCCUACAGACCUAAGCCGGCUUACAGCCCCAAGCCCGCCUAUAGGCCUGAGCCCGCCUACAAGCCGGCACCAUCCUACGCCCAGAGGCCCUCCUACGCCGCGUCGUACCAGGAGCCUCAGUAUUACGCGCAGCCGUACCAGUUCGAGUACGCCGUCAACGACCACUACACGGGCACCGUGUUCUCGCAGAACGAGAACAGCGACACCAAGGUGGUGCAGGGCUCCUACUCGGUGAACCUGCCCGACGGCCGAGUCCAGCACGUCACGUACACGGCCGACAACGAGGGCUACGGCGGAUACAACGCCGAGGUCACCUACGAGGGCGAGGCCCAGUACCCCGAGCACAGCGGUAGCUACUCUCCGGCGCCCUCCUAUCGUCCCGCACCGUCGUAUCAGCCAGCUCCCUCUUACAAGCCGGCCCCGUCUUACCAGCCCAAGCCCGCUCCUUCUUACCGGCCCGCUCCCGCCUACAAGCCUGCUCCCGUCUACAAGCCUGCUCCCGUCUACAAACCCGCUCCUGCCUACAAGCCUGCCCCCUCGUAUGAGCCUGCUCCGUACAAGCCUGCUACAUCUUACAAGCCUGCCCCCACGUACAAACCUGCUCCUGCCUACAAGCCUGCUCCUUCGUAUGAGCCUGCUCCUUACAAGCCCGCGCCCUCUUAUGAGCCUGCUCCUUACAAACCCGCUCCUUCUUACAAGCCUGCUCCCGUCUACAAGCCGUCUUACAAGCCUGCUCCUGCCUACGAGCCGUCCACUUCAUACGGCCCCGCUCCCAAGCCUGAGGAGUCGUACGGAGCUCCGAGUCCUGCUUACGGCAAGUGAGAAGUAACGAUAGUGAGGCUAUGAAGUGUAUUAGCAUGAGUGAUUAUUGGAAUGAUAUCACUUGCUUCUUAUUGGUGAAUGUUUGUAAUAUUUAUGUGUCGUGUUGUGGGGAUGUUCUAUAUAUGCCCGUGAUGUCCGUUGAAGCAAUGGGUAAUUUUUGAAAUAUAUUGUGAAUCUGA